AUGAGUACUCCGGUGCCUGCUCCUGGAAUGAGUGCUCCGGUGCCUGCUCCUGGAAUGAGUACUCCGGUGCCUGCUCCUAGGAUGUGUACUCCGGUGCCUGCUCCUAGGAUGAGUACUCCGGUGCCUGCUCCUGGAAUGAGUACUCCGGUGCCUGCUCCUAGAAUGUGUACUCCGGUGCCUGCUCCUAGGAUGAGUACUCCGGUGCCUGCUCCUGGAAUGAGUACUCCGGUGCCUGCUCCUAGAAUAAUGUGUACUCCGGUGCCUGCUCCUGGAAUGAGUGCUCCGGUGCCUGCUCCUGGAAUGAGUGCUCCGGUGCCUGCUCCUGGAAUGAGUGCUCCGGUGCCUGCUCCUGGAAUGAGUGCUCCGGUGCCUGCUCCUAGAAUGAGUGCUCCGGUGCCUGCUCCUAGAAUGAGUACUCCGGUUGCUGCUCCUAGAAUGAGUACUCCGUUGCCUGCUCCUGGAAUGAGUACUCCGUUGCCUGCUCCUGGAAUGAGUACUCCGUUGCCUGCUCCUGGAAUGUGUGCUCCGGUGCCUGCUCCUGGAAUGUGUACUCCGUUGCCUGCUCCUGGAAUGAGUGCUCCGGUGCCUGCUCCUGGAAUGAGUACUCCGGUGCCUGCUCCUAGGAUGUGUACUCCGGUUGCUGCUCCUAGAAUGAGUACUCCGUUGCCUGCUCCUGGAAUGAGUACUCCGUUGCCUGCUCCUGGAAUGUGUGCUCCGGUGCCUGCUCCUGGAAUGUGUACUCCGUUGCCUGCUCCUGGAAUGAGUGCUCCGGUGCCUGCUCCUGGAAUGUGUGCUCCGGUGCCUGCUCCUGGAAUGAGUACUCCGGUGCCUGCUCCUGGAAUGUGUGCUCCGGUGCCUGCUCCUGGAAUGAGUGCUCCGGUGCCUGCUCCUGGAAUGAGUACUCCGGUGCCUGCUCCUUGA